CGCGAGGUUAACCGGUCUUCUCUUUUUUUGGGGGGGGAGGGGGGAGGAUCUCUUCCUCUUUGACGGUCGCUCCGACGCAAAUAAGUUUAUUGUUUAGUCUCGUAUACGUACUGGACAACGGAUGGUAAACAAUAACACGAAUCCGGAGCUCUUCUCCAACCAAGUUUCUUUCCGCUUCUCCGCGAACACGCAAUAUUCAAGGCUCUCUCGCGCGGUGUGCGUGCACAAACGCGUAUCGACGUUACAUCACUCGGUGUGCACUAAAAAUACACUCGCUUAGCGUCAAUAGAGAUCCGGCAUCUAUCAAUUCAUCGAGUGCUCAUCCUCGUGUGCAACGCAUCGCCGCGUUGACUCAUCGGGAACUUGUUUCAACUUGUUGAUAAAACUUAUACAAAGAGAGAAUCUUCGUACGUACCACACACACGCAUACGUGUGCCGUGACGAAUUAUGCUUGUCACGAUCGCAUGCUGUUUUUUUUUUUUUUUUUUACAAACGCAAUACUCGGACGAGUUUUCGAAUUAUAACCCGUCCGUAAUAAUUUUUUCUUUCACCUCUUUGAGCGCGGGCGGUUUUGCAACGCGCCCGACGCGCUAAAAGGUCUCACAGUGGCCAAGGUUACCCCUAGCGACGAAUGAAUCAACAAACGAGCCAUCCGGGAUCAUUGACAGUCGCGUCGGGGAAGAACUUGUUCAACGUCCCGCUAAAAACCAAUUUCAUUUUGUAACAAUAAUUAAAAACCGAAGCGUGUUACGUCAAUCAACACAGCCGAGCGGCGAUUUGGCACAAUGUGCAAAAAGGGAAAACCGAAGAUAGCCGCGAGCUACAGAGUGAAAGAACCGAUAGACAAUUUGAAAAUAAGGGUGCGAGUCGUGCAGCAGAGAUCUCCGUUGGCCGAGCUACUGGCCGACGAGUCCGAGGGUGGCGAGACCAGAGAUUCCAACUUCUUGGAGGAGAAGGAUCGUAUUUUUAGCUGGCAGGAGAAGGUGUUCAGCCCGUUCGAGAUUGAUUUUUACGCGGACGAGAAGAAUUGCCUGACCGAUCAUCAGCGUGAAUAUCACCAGCGUAUACGCGACGAGCAGCUACAGGGUGACCAAUUGUACUCGUACACGGAGAAUGACUCCUAUUACGCCUACGACAACCUCCUGACGAAGCCUUACAGGUCCUAUCUGUCGAAGAAGAAUCAGACCGCGUUACCGAUCCUGCAAAAUCGCAAACCCUUUCGCGAGCGAUACAACAAACGCGUGGUGGACGACGGGUCCGCGAACGUUCGAUCGGGUCAUUAUCUCUACACCGAGCGUGUCGCCAUGCACGUGAUGGCCGAUCUGUCCCGCAGUGACGAGCCGGUGAUCGCCGGAUCGGCGGACACGGAAACGCCUCUCUGCACCGUGACUUACGACAAGGCGCGCAAACUGCUGACAAUUAGCCCCGAUUUCACGCACGGCGACGCGGACGAGCACUACAACGUCACGAACAGUUACGGCAUCAAGUUCAAUUAUCGGAUCGAGCACGUUUCCGAGAGUCGGACGCAGCAGCAGCUGCAGGAGCGGCGCGAAGACGCGCGCCGUGAAGUGCAAGAGCAGCUCGAUUACAAGACGACGGAGUUACACAAAGAGCUUCAAUUGCCGCCGACAAAUUUCUCUACUUUAUUUUUAAAUUUCGAUAUCGCGUCGGCUCACGGUUUCUCUUACGGCGGACUGUUCGUUACGUACUUCAUCGAUUUGCCGCGACAUUGGGACACACAGCAGAAGGAACGAUUGUUGGGUAGAACGCAGAAAUGUUUAGAAAAUAAAACGGCGUAUUUCAGUUAUUGCACCGACAUAUCCUUGCAUUGUCCGUCAAAUACGUUUCAACAGUCAAAGAACAAUAACGCAUCAUCUUGGCCCCGUUUAUUAUUCUUCGUAGCGUCCCUGGACAGUUGGACCAGAUAUCGAAUAGAGGGUUACGCAUCGUUAUCAGUACCGAUGACACCUGGCGCUUACAAAUUCACGAUUCCUACGUGGCGUGCGAAAGACAGCAUAAUCGACGCGAUGAGACGAUAUUUUGUCGGAGGCUCGUACGCGCUCGAAGACAUAACGUACUGCGGCAUUCCGAUGACGCACGAGGGUAAAAUCCUGGACAAAUCGCGUUUGAAAGUUGUGCCGAGCGGCGAGAUCAAAAUCAAUAUGAAUAUCGCGCAUCAAAACGGCACGCGUGCGAAACACCUUGAUCAUUGGACGACCGACGAUUUCGGCAGAGUGAACACCGAUGAUCUCGUGAACGAUAUCGAGAGCGUUCUCGAGCAAUUCAAAGCGGCGAAAGAACGCAUGGUGCGAAUAAGAGCAAUGAAUUCCUAAAUGCACGUUAUCACGAGCAACGUGAUAAUCACAAAGACUAAUUAAGUAGUUAACUAAUUAAGUAAUUAACUUAAUUUAACUAAAUUAAGAUUAAUAAAGAUGCCAAAAAUGUUUUUUCAAAAGAACUUUAUGACAUUUAUGUAUAUUUUUGCGACGCUGUUUCAAUAAAUGUACAGUGUAAAUAG